AUGUUAAGUAAAUCGCCAACAUUUGAUAUUCCACGAAGUCAUAUUUAUGAACAUGAACGACAAGAUUACCUGUCUAUUCAUCGUCAACAUCAACAACCUAAUCAUAGAAACAAUAAAAAUGACAAUUUCAUUAGCAAAUUAACCUCAACUUUUAAACCAAAACAUAUUGCAUCUGAUUCAAAUAUGUUUCGAUCAGAAAUUAUAUUCAAUUCUAGAUCCAAUCUAUCCUUAAAGAAACAUUCCACUAAUUACGAUAAUAAUGAUGACGAUGUUAAUGUCGCUGGUGAUGAUCCAGACGACGUAGAUGACGACGUGUUAGAUUACACAGAUGAGGAUUAUAGUCAAAAAGAUGAUGUAGAUGAAUUAUUCUUUAUUAUUCCAUCAACAAAAUCAACAUCACCGCCUCAAAAUGCACCAUCAGUUAGUCAAUUAAAACAAACAAACACUUGUACAUUGAACACUGUCACUAAUAAUAAUAAUAAUAAUAAAAAUUUACUGAAUGAUUCACCAAAUAUACAGAAAUCCUCCUCGAGAUUACCAAAUCUUAAAGAGAGGAUAACACAUACACAGAAUAUAUGGUGUUUACCAAAUGUUAGUAGAUCAGAAUCAGAGAAAUUAUUAAAAUUUGCUGAAAUUGGAAAUUUUAUUGUACGCGUUAAUCAAACCAAUUCAAGUAUGGUGUUGACACGUGUUUGUCCACCAACCAGUGUAUUGAGUACAUCAAAUAAGAUUCGUGAACGCUUCAAUGGUUGUAGUCCUCGUGGCGGCAACAGUAACUCUCACAAUACCGAUGAUAUUGAUAUCAAGAAGUCUCCUUUACCAAUCAAACAUAAUUUAAUUGAAAUACUACCACAUGAUGGUUAUUGUUUAACAGGAGAUAAGAAAAUGCGAUUGAUAUUUAAAAGUUUAGUUCAUUUGAUUGAAUUUUAUUUACGUGUUGACAUCAAAUCAUAUGGUUCAUUCCUCUGUUUACCAAUGGUGAUUGCUCAGGCUAAAACAAUCGAUGAACUUGAAAAGUAUAAUAAACAAGGAAUAGAAUUUUGGAAAUCAAUCAAUAAUCAUUGGAAUAUUGAACAAUUUAAAGGUUUAAAUUGUCAACAGUAUCAAAAUAAAAAGUUAUCGUUCAAAAAUCAAUUCAGUAAUAAUAAUAAUAAUAAUAAUAACAGUUCAAUGAAGACAUCAGUAUUAUGGAAUCAAAAAGACGGUGCUGGGGUUAAACCACCAUCAUCAUCAGCUGUCGUCGAGUCACCGACAUCAUCAACCUCAGGCGUAUCAUUUACACAACAACAACAACAUCAACAGGAAGAGUAUCCACGUUGGAGACAAAUGAUGUUAAAUCCUGAUACCCAGGGUGCAGGAAAAUUAAUGCCACGUGUACGUCAAAGGGCAAGCUCUUUAAAUGACCGUCUAACAACACAAAAACAUCAUGAUUACAAUAAAGCGAAACAACAUGAAAAUAUUGAAAACAUUGAAAAAUAUUCAUUCAUUAACCAUAAAAAUAAUCAAAAGUUAAAUCAUACAAGUAAUUUGUUAGAGACGAUGAAACAAAGACUGGAUCAUCGAAAUUAUAUGAAUAACACUCAUUAUCAUCAUAACAGUAGAAGUCAAUUGAAUUUAGAUAAACAAAGUAUGCCAGUUACAAUCACUGGAGCUGGAGCGAAUUUAAACAAAAUUAAAACAAAUGAUCCACCUGAUUCAUCCGCCUCCUCAUCAUCAACAUCAACAUCACAGCCGUCACAUCGAAUUCAUCAUCAGAGUAGAAGUCAUCAAAAUGGAGUAUAUGAAGGAGCUGAAAGCGAAUUCUGGGAUAUUCUCCUUCAAGCAAAAUCAUCAAACCCUGUACAAACUACUACUGCCACUACUAAUGAAUCUCAUACUGGAUGGCGUUCAUGGAAUACAAAUCAAUCAAUCAAACCUUCAAUGAAUAUGACUCAUACACGACCUAAUGAGAUUACCAUUAGUACAACUACUUCUACCACUAAUACUACUAUGAGUACUACGACUACUAAUACUAAUCUCAGUAAUAAUCGAUUACAACAAAGGAAAGCCUCCACUCCACCCCACUAUAUACACACUACAAUAUCAAAUCCAUUCAAACUUACUCACAGCACUAAUAGCGCUAAAUAUCAUCAAGAAAUUGAAAACCUAACAUUUCCCCAUGAAGUAGUCAAUUCACAAGAGAAAAAACGUCAGCUUAAACAUCAAAUCUCAUUACCAAGUGAAAAAUUACAACCAACAAUUGAUUUAUUGAAUAAAAGCUUAGCCAAUCAAAUUCAUGCUUGUAUUACAUCGAGUACAUCUGGCGUCGGUGUAGAUACUACUCACAGAAAUACUAACAGUAGUAUGUGUGGUGAUGCUUGUUCAAGUAAAAAGCUACCGGAUUACUUUACUCGAAUAAUUGACACUAAUAAUGACAAGAAUAGUAAUAGUAAUAAUAAUAAUAAUAGUGAUGACGACGUCAUCACUUCAAAUCUUGUAUCGAAUCCAAUUUAUCUGGAUGAAUCAUUUAUCAAUGAACAGCUGACAGUGGAUACUAAAUUCACUAAUGAUAAUGAAAGCGGAGCAAAUUAUCAGAAUAAUGAAAUUACCCAGUGUUAUAUGGAUAAAACGUCGUCUGAUUAUGAUAUUAUUAUCGAUAAAAGCGAUGAUUAUAACCAAACAAGACGUUCAUUGAAGCUAAAUGAGCUGAACGAUAUUAUAACGCCUCAAACAGUUGGACAUGUAUUUGUUAUGAAGGCAAAAGCCUAUCCCAUAGAAGAUUACAGCUUUUUAUCUAACCUACCAGAUUGUUCUGAUGUUGUUGUUGUCAACAAGUCGUUAACGAAGACAACAGUGGGGACAAAAUCACCGUCGACGCCAUCAUCGACCAAUUGUCAUCAAGAGACUGAUAAGAUUACACCACUUGCUACAACAACUACGACUACUGAUAUCACUUAUACUACUAACACUACUACUAGUAAUAAUAAUAUCAGUAGUAUAUUUGAAACCUCAAAUACAAUGAAUAAACCAAAAUUACGACGUGCCUAUACAAGUAAAAAAUCCACCAAACGAUUACAACCCUACAUGGAAUUACUAUCUGAUGAUAAUGCCACCACCACCACCACCACCACCACCACAAGCACCACAAACAGUCGUAGACAUGGAUUAUUAUUUCUAGGUGAAAGUUCAACAUGGCUAAGAAAUAAUAUUUUACCUACAGAAGAGAUUGACAAAAUCGUUUGUACCAAUGAAAUUAAACAAGCCAAUUCAACGAACUCCUCUACUGGAAAUACGCAUGGUACACAAACGACACAAAUUAAAAAUUCUUCUAUACCGGCAAAUAACAUCAUUCCUACGGAUCGUUCACAUCUCCGCCGUCAUCUUCAGCAUUCGAACUCUGAUAGCUCAGAUAUUAAUGAGGCAUUUGUAGAUCAAUAUAAUUAUAAAAAUCAUAAUUUCAAAAUUAUUGAUUAUCAAGUGAUAAAAGAAGCUGUUGUUUUAAAAAUGAUCAUAAUUCAAAAGUCAACCAUUCUACGACUACUUCUACUCCCACUACUACUACUACAGAGAACACCCCACUAUUCAGACAGUGAUUAUCAAAGUGAACAAGAUACUGCCUGGACUAGAAGUUUGCAUAGUCAACAAUCUUAUCCACCAACUCGACAGUCAGUACUCCUGGAUCCUCAACAAACCAAAGGUGGAAAACUUGAAUCCAAUUCUUCAUCCCCAGCAGCUAGUAGUCGUGCAAGUACAGUGUUUUGUCCACCAUGGGAUACGGCUCCAAUCGGCCCAUAUCUUGCUGAUUUAUUAAAGCUAAAUCCACCAUUUUCAAAUCUUGAUGAAAACAAUCAACCUUCUUCAAGUGGUGACCAGCAUCACAGCAUCCAUGCCGACCAACCAUGUCAACAUCAAAAACAGCAACAGCACCGUAGAGAGUCAACAUUUAACCGACGUAAAACAUUCUCUAGCGUUGAACAUCAGCUGUGGGCUGAAAAAUUAGCUGCCGAUUAUAAUAACUAUUGUUCUUCAUCAUGUUCAAUAACAUCGACACCACCGACAAUGGGAGAUGUCAGCAAUAAUAACAACAGUAAUAAUAAGCUGGACGUCCAUAAUCUUUUUUGGCUAUGGCAAGAGCAACAGCAACAACAACAACGACAGUCGCAGGUGAACGAUGACAAAUCAUCAUCUGUUUCAAUGGGAAAUAUUGAUUUAUUGAAAAAACUACAAAAUGAGUUUAACAGAGCGAUGAAUACGCCUCAUACUGAAGGGGAGAAACCGCCUCCACUACCAGCCAGAAGUAAACGAAGUGUACCUAUCAGCAUGAAUCAUACUAACAACAGUAAUAGUAAUAAUAAUAAUAACAGUAACAAUAUAGAUAACCCUUUAAGUUUAUCGAACCUAUCAAAGAAGAACAGUUCAGAUUUUAAGGGGUGUUCGUUGGAAGAUUUUACAAAUGAUAUAAGCCCAUACGCCGUCACUGCAUGUCAUUCAUCAUCAAUGUGUAAUGAGGACGCCAAUAAUAAAAAUAAUAUUGAUUCAAUCAUUUCAAUACCUGAGAGUACAGUUACGGAUGCUGCUACCACCACUAAUACUACUACAACAAAGGCAUGGACUAAGAAGACAACAGUGACUAACGUUGGUAUUACUGCUAAUACUAAUAAUAAUGACAGUACCACUGUUGAAGAACUUCUACCUUAUGAUUAUUCGGCUUCAAAUAAAUCAACCCUUUUUGAUUUGUCUCAGACUUCAUUGAAUAAUCACAGUAAUCCUUCAGAAUGUACAAAAAUGAACAAUAACAAUAAUAACGGUGAUAAUAAUAAUAAUAAUAAUCGUGGUGAUAAAACAUGGCCGGAUAAUUAUGUCUAUGCUCAAGUAUUACCAAAACAUUUACGUGAUGUUGAUGACAAAAAUCAAUAUGCUGAUUCAACUUCAAUUGAUCUCUAUAGUACAAUGAAUACCUUUCAACCGGAUAUAUUUAAUACACUUGAUAAUUGUGAAUUAAUGAAUUUAAAACCCCUAGAAAAUUUAUCAUUGAAUAAACCUAUGGACUGUAUAGAAAGUUUUAUUAGUAAACAAUGUAUUGCCCCAUUGACAAGCGGUGAAGAAGAAUUCGGAGGAGGCGGAACAGAAGAAGCCUUACAAUCUUCACCAUCAACAAAUUCGCUGGCUUCAGCGUGCUCUUCAACGAAUGCCUCCUCCUCCUCGUCGACUUCAGCAUCUGCCUUAUCCUCCUCGACAACAUUCGAUUCAAAGACAUCUAUCUCUUCAUGGAAUUCAUCUGAAAUGUAUUCAUCCCCGAUAGUUAGUAAAUCAUUGUUAGUUGGUCAACAAAAUCCUGUACAAGUGACAAAAAGAAAUCGAUCUAUUCAAUCUAUUAGUGCAAAUCAUCGAUCGGCAGUAGACAGUCAUCAUCAUCAUCAACCAUCAGAACAACAACCUCCUCGUCAUUAUGGAAAGUCUUCAGAACAACACAACACUACAGAUAUGAUGAAUGGAUGUAAUGAAUUGCCGAAGAAAACUAAAAAAAUUGGUCGACAUAUUAGAAAAUUUUUUCAUAAAUUAAUGAUAACUGGAUCAAAUAAUCAUAUCGCUGAACAGAUCAAUUUAUUUGUUGAGUGUACAAAAGCUGGCAGUGAACGUGGACCUUAUCGUACAAUGCAAUCAAUUCGUCAAUUUAUCAAUGGGAUGACGAAUUAUUUACUCAAAAAUCCUGAACUUGGCUUACCUAAAGCUGUUGAACGAGAGAAAAAAGAGCUCAAUCAAUUUGGUUACGUGAAUGUUGGUUUCCAUUUGGAAUCAGCGCUGCAACGAUUUAUCCUUAAACCUCUACAUUCACAUGUUAUCAAAUUAUUAAAACAAGAGCAAGUGAAAAAUACCGACUUUACCAAUCUAUUGAUCAAAGUUCAAAUGUUAUGCGAUCCACAAACUCAGUCGUCUGAUCUUGGAAUACAGGCGUCUGUUGCUCCGCCGAAAGAAUCCUUGCUACAAUAUGUUACCAGUGCAUAUUCACGUUUGGAGAACACCUAUUCGGUUAAUCGUAAAAUGAAUUAUCUCGUUUGUAUAUUUAAUUCUAUACGUAAAAAUAUACACAACGUAAAAUCCGAUCAAGAAGUUGAUGCCAACUCAUUAAAUACAGAAGAUCUAUAUGCUUACUAUGCUUGGGUAUUCGCUCGAUCCGGCCUACUACUCAACCCAUUAAUUUCAAAUGCCAGUGAACCAAAUACACAUGGAACCGCUUCAACAACAACAACGCCUUUAGAUCAACAUCACCAUCAGCAUCAGCAUAAUCUAAAUCAAUCUUUUAUUUGUCCAUCUGCCCUACAAGCUGACUAUCUUGAUGGAGUAUUUAAUAAUCCACAAAUGAAUGAUCAAGCUACCGGACUAAAUGAUUUAUUCGGUACACUUUAUUGGAUAUGGAAUGAUAAUCUAUUGAAUACUUCGUGGAAUGAAUCUACUCCAUUGGGGAAUAGAGAAUAUUUGAGAAAACCUUCAAAGUAUAUUUCACCACUUCUAUUGCAUAAACAAGAAUCACAAUGUUGCACUCAGGAUGACCCACUGCAUGAUGCCAUUGGUUCUAAAUACUCCGGUUUCUCGAAAUUCUCCCCAAAUCAUCAUCAAAGCAAUGGUAAACACCAACCAUCUGGAGAUGGGAAUACAACUCCUGGUCUAUUUCAAUCAACUAAAGAAUUUACAAGACAUCGAAUUAUUAUACCACCACGUCGAAGGAAAACUAUUACCGGUGUUAAUCUAACAAAAACAAUGAAUAAUGCGGGGAAUUUAAAUGACUUGAUAAAAACACCCUCACCGACAGUAUUCCAUAAUAAUAAUAAAACACUGACAAUUGAACCAAAGAUAACCAAUGGAUCUAACCAAUUAUCACAUCUUACAAAACCACAAUCAAUAUCUCAUCUAACAUUGAAUGAUGAUCAUUCUUAUCCCCCGUGUACCUCAUUGCUGUUGACCUCAGCAUCAACUUCAUCGUCAAGAUGGCGUCCAUGGAUUGCACAAUCGCCAAUGGUAACACAUCCAACUAAUAAUACAUGGUCAACUUCUGUGCCUUAUUCACUUGGACAAGUGCCUUGUGUGAAUGCCAGCCAAGGGAAUUGUUUACAAGUAUUUGUAAUGAAUGAAGAGACAAGUCGUCUACAAGUGUUAAGUUAUCCAAUUCGACCAAAUAUGACAGCUAGAGAAUUAAACAAUCUGAUCGCAUUUCAAAUGAGAAUAUUUGAUUCCAAAGAUUUUGGAUUAUUUGCUUACAUUAAUGGAACAGAAAUCCAACUGGAAGAUGAAUUACACAUGGCUGAAUUCACUAAUACAACUUCAGAUAUCCUGCAUUCAGUACACACGCUUUCAAACACCACCAGUGCAAACCAAACGACAAUAGCAGCAACAACACCAACAAUCACAGCGCCAUCACGUUCACAAACAGGCACACUGAAUUCAAUCAAAGAUCCUGAAUCUUAUCCAUUCAAAAGUCAUGCCUCCAUCAGUUCACGUUCUGAAUCAACCACCACUAGUAGUUCAUGUGGUGAAUCACGUUCACAGCAUACAACACUACAACGUAUUCGUAAGUCAAGUAAAUCACGUCCUGCCUGGUGGAUAAUGUGUGGAUCAAAUAGUCAACAAACACAGACACAAAAACACCAACCAGUGAAUCAAUCGAUUGAAAAUUCAAUACAUACCGAGGUCACUGGUAAAAAUCAAGAUCUUAUCAAGCAUAAACCAAUUUUAGUUUAUCGACGUAAAUCAGGAUAUUUCGCUUUAUCAGAUCGUUUGUUAACUGGAAUGAGAUCUGCCCAACAACAGCAACAAAAUUCAGAAUAA